CACAAGAGGACACAUGCAGCUUAAAUGCCUUUACCAACUAUUCCUUUAGUGUAGUUUUGUAGAAGAGCAAGCAAAUUUCUUUUAUCUGAAUUUUCGAGGAAAAAUGGUCUUCCAAUUGACAAGGCCAACAUUGGUGUUGUUCUACUUGAUAACCUCAUGUUAUUAUUGGUUUUGUGUUGGUGGUGAAGUGAUAACAUGUUCCAACAUAGUACCACUCAAACAUCGUACCGACACCAUUUCCAUAACUGAUUUUGGUGGUGUCGGUGAUGGACAUACCCUCAACACCAAUGCUUUCAAAAAAGCUAUAUACAGAAUUAGUCACUUGCACAGAGAAGGUGGGACCAUCCUUCACAUACCUCCAGGGGUAUACUUAACAGAACCCUUCAAUCUUACCAGUCAUAUGACCCUUUACCUUUCUUCUGGUGCUGUUAUUAAAGCCACUCAGGAUUCGUCGAAUUGGCCUUUAAUUGCACCCUUACCAUCUUAUGGAAGAGGAAGGGAACGUCCUGGAGGAAGGUAUAUGAGCUUUAUCCGUGGAGAUGGACUUCAGGAUGUUGUAAUCACAGGUGACAAUGGGACAAUUGAUGGGCAAGGAGAAGUAUGGUGGAAUAUGUGGAGGAAGAGAACUCUUCAAUUUACAAGACCAAGUCUUAUUGAAUUUGUGAAUUCCAAAGAUAUUAUUAUUUCAAAUGUGGUCUUCAAGGAUUCUCCUUUCUGGAACAUACACCCAGUUUACUGCAGCAAUGUUGUUGUUCGGUUUGUCACGAUAUUGGCUCCACGUGAUUCUCCAAAUACUGAUGGGGUUGAUCCUGAUUCAAGCUCAAAUGUCUGCAUUGAGGACUCAUACAUAUCAAACGGAGACGAUCUUGUCGCGGUGAAAAGCGGGUGGGAUGAAUAUGGGAUAGCAUACGGCCAGCCGAGCUCUAACAUCACGAUCCGGCGUGUGAAUGGAUCGUCACCAUUCGCCGGGAUCGCUGUUGGAAGCGAAGCAUCAGGUGGAGUUGAAAAUGUGCUAGCAGAACACAUCAACCUUCAAAACAUGGGAAUUGGUAUACACAUUAAGACAAAUAUUGGAAGAGGAGGGUAUAUAAAGAAUAUAAAUGUGUCCAAUGUUUAUAUGGAGAACACAAGGAAGGGAAUAAAGAUUGCAGGUGAUGUUGGUGACCAUCCUGAUGAUAAAUAUGACAAAAAUGCUGUCCCAAUUGUAAAGGGUAUUGUAAUUGAGAAUGUUUGGGGUGUGAAAGUUUUGCAAGCUGGUCUUAUAACAGGAAUUAGAAAUUCACCUUUUAGUGAUAUUUGUUUAUCUAAUAUUAAUCUUCAUGGAGUGGUAGGAACUAGAGCUCCAACUUGGAAGUGUUCUAGUGUGAUUGGUGUUGCUUAUCAAGUUAGUCCAUUGCCUUGUUCUGAGUUGGUCUCUCACCAGUCAGGAUCAUGUGGCAUUACUACUAUUCAUACAUACUGAUGGAAAUUAAGAUAUUUUUCAUUUGUUAUUAAUGAGAAAAAUAUUCAAUAA